UCCAAUAAUGCCCUCUCCCAAGUCCCAACUUCCAAACUUGGAAAACAACACUCCAUCCAUUGGUAACUCCGAGCUCUGGACAGGAUAACAAUGGCGCUGGGGGCCUUCUUCCUCACCUGGGGCCGUCCGUCUUCCGAUCAGCACAAGAGCUUCCUCUCCAAUCCCAGCUCCUUCAACUACGAUCCCCAAUUCGUUGCCGCAUCCCAACAAUCAGAUCAACAACAAGUGCAAGAUGAUCUCUCCAAGCAUGGCUUUUUCAUCAACCGCGCACGCAUCCUUCUCGGCUCCGGCGCCGGUACCUUCAACCUCGCCGCAUCUGCUCUCCGGUGCUGGUCUCACUUCCAGCUCGAUUGGGCCUUCGUUGAUCCACAGACGCCGUUGAAGCCUGGCACUCGGUUCUGCGUCUCUGUGAAGGAGUUGCUUCCCUUGUGGAUCUCGAUGCCUCUCCAGAUCGCCUAUGUCAGUAAUGCGCCGAGGAAAAACAAGGGUUCCUUUGGCUUUGGCAGUGGAACUCUCCAUGGCCAUCUCCUGGCAGGUGAAGAGAGUUUCUCCAUCGAAUGGGACAUGAAUGAUCAAGUUUGGUAUGAAAUAUUUUCCUUCUCAAAGCCGGCAAACUUACUCUCGUCUAUUGCUUACCCGUAUGUUCAGCUUCGGCAAAAGUUCUUUGCUCAGCAAUCCUCACAAGCACUUUUAAAGCAUGUCAAUGCCCAGCAAGCCAAAGUUUUGACUCAGGAAAACUCAAAGGACUUUUAAUGUGUCUGUUGUGCAAACUUUGUAAAAUACCUGAAAUCUUUGUAAUGUAAUUCAUACUUUUUUCUAUGUC